GGAGUGGUGGUGAGCGCAGGGAAGAUGGAGAAGACAGUUAAGGUCCGAGUGCCGGGUCAGCGGUGGGAGAAGAAGAUCGGGAAGUACUUUGCUGACCACACGAACUACCUUGUCCAUGACCCCAACUCUACCCUCGUGGCUGGCGAUGUAGUCGAGCUCCAUCGUCUCCGCGUGAGCAAGUCGGUACAUCACGUCGUGGCGUCCAUCGUCUCCGCUUUCGGUACACCAAUAGAAGCUCGCGCACCCAUACCAUCUCCGGACGAGCGUCUGGCCGCAUACAAGCAAAAACGUUUCGCCAAGCUCGAACGGCGUUCGCUACGGCAAGAAGCAGCCAAGGGCUCUGCUUCCGCGAUCGAAGCCUUAGCGGCCAUG